UGGUCGCUUGCUUGCUCCUCUCUCCGUCUCUGAUUUCGGCUGAGAUGAACGCGGCUUUCCCCAGAACUUUGUUUUGAAGCGGCAUCCGGCAUCCGCGCCCACCCGCCCGGCAGCCCCCCUUCCCGGCACCCGGGCAAUUGAGGAGCGAGGCGUUGCGGCGGCGGCGGCAUCUUCUCUCCAUCAGCAACAGGGAGCCCACGGAGGAAGGACCCGGGUGCUGAAUUUCCCCGCUGCGGCAGAAAGGCGUUGGAAAAGUCUGGGAAGGGCUGAGGCAUCUGGUCCAUAUUUCUCCCCAGAGAUCCUGUUGACUUUUGCAGCAAGAUGGAAAGUGAUGCAACUUGGGUGCUGCAGGACAGAGUGAAUGACAAGAGAGAAGAAAUCAAAGCACAACGUCGAAGAAAAAGUGAGGAUUUGCUGAGGGAGACAGAAGCUGAGAGGAAGAACAUAAUCCGGGAGUGGGAAGAGCUGCGAAGGUUUGUCGAAGACCAAGAAAAACUCGUGUUGAGGAGGCUGCAAAAGCUGGACAAUGACAUUGUUAGAAGGAGAGAUGAGAGUGUUUUGGAAGGUUCUGAGCAAGCAACAUUUCACGAAAACAGAGAAAGCAACCAGCACCCACUUGUGAAGAUGUAA